AUGUCUCUGUAUAUGUUUCUUCUCGAGAGAGCCCAUGUAGUCCGCGCGCCCUUCAUUCGCAAACGCACCGACGACUGGGUUUGGGCUGGAGGGAUGUCUUUUGUCGUCGUUGCCUUCGGUGCAAUCGCCGUCUGGAGCCUCAUCACCCCUCACGCUAAGCUCAGCGCAGAAGACGGACAGUGUCGCAUUGGACUAGCAACGGUCCCGGCCUAUCUUCUACUGAUCUUCGAUGCCUUCAUAAACGCCUCUCUCACUGUUGUGUUCGUCAUCCUCCUUCGACCGGUCUUGAAGUUCCGCGAGCGUACGUCGCCAUACUACGAUGACGGAAGUACACUACCGUCUGUCAGUCGCUUGCGUAGACUGGUACGGCAGCUGGGGUCCCUGGGCUUCAAAGAGGAGGAAGUACGGGAUAAUUUCUUCAUCAACAUUAAGAAGGUGCUAUGGAAGAACGUCAUCGGCAGCAGCGUAUCUUUCAUAGCGUCUGCGGCCAACCUAGUUGUCUUCCUCUCCGAGAAGGGCAACCAGCUGGCUUUUGUCUGCCUAGUGGCUUGCAUAGCAGAUGUGACUUGCGGCGUCCUUGUCGUACACUGGCUUACUCUCGGAUCGAACGACGAGACCCGCACUCCUCAACGACCUAAUCCAAACCAUACUCCCAUGUUCAACAAUCCACUUUACUCCGAUGUCAUCAUUCGGCAUACACAUGGCGGCGUUACGAGACAGUACCAUGCGCAUAAGGCUAUUCUCUCUGCUGGAUCGCCCUGGUUCUUGGAUGUCCUCGCGCACAUUCACAAUGGUACGGAGCCGAUUGUUAUACCCGAAGAUGACGAUCCUAAGCACUUCGAGGUUGCCCUUCGUUUCUUGUACACCCGCAAAAUCGAUGCCGGCGUGAUUAGCGAGCCCUCGUCCUCUCUCUCUCGCCCCUACAAGCCGACCGAUAGUUCCAGGUAUAAUCCCUAUCGUUUGCGCGUGAAGCGCGCGCUCCAAACCCUCUUGUCGAUACACUCCCUCGCCGACAAAUACGAGAUCGAAGGCCUACAGGCCCACCUUUCUCGGCACAUGCCAAACUCGGUUGGGCUUUGCACAACAUGGGGACCGCAUUUCUCGGGCCACUUACAGCAAUUUGUUCAGGAGCAUUAUCGCGCAUGUAUUGAGAAGGACUGCAUGAUGGGUCGGCAGGUUUGCUCGAUGAUCCUCCAAUAUGGAGGCGAGCGCUACGUCAAGGAUCCGGCUUUUGAUGAUCUGAUGGCGCGGUGGCCGAAGUUCUGCGCUGAUAUGUUCCGCGAAGCCCGCGACAAUGAUCGUAUCUUUUUCGGCACGCGUCACAAUCCGAACACGCCUGUGCGACGCACCGACCUACUCGCAAAUGGAAUGGAACAUUAG